AAAAAAAUGAAAAGAGAGGAAAAAAUAAGGUUUUUAUAUGAAACUAGAAAGAGCACCAACCCUAAGCUCUAUUUCAUUUCCUGGGUUCAGAUUGGAAACCUGAGAGGCUAGAGAAAAUAAAAAAAACCCAAGUUGAAGAGCAACCCAUAGCUAAAAACUAAAAAGACAACCAACAAAUAAAAUAAAAACUCUUCCUUUCUUUCUUUCUUUCUUUCUUGUUGUUGUUCUUCUUCUCUCUAGGGUUUUGUUUAUACAGUGAGUAAUCCAACUUUUUCUCUUAGUAUUUUUCACAAAUUUGGUUGGAAGUUUUAGUAAAAACCCAGAAAAGGAGGAUCAGUUUGUACCCAAAAGAAAUAAUAUACAGAUCAAGAUCUUUUAUUAAUAUUGAGAUAAAUUUAAUUAUAAUAAAACAACCCCAAAAAAAAGAAGGAAAAAUUAAGAAAAGGGUGUGGGAUAAUUAAUAAAUUAGUACGUAUAUAGGAUGGGGAGAGGAAGAGUGGAGCUGAAGAGGAUAGAGAACAAGAUAAACAGGCAGGUGACAUUUGCUAAGAGAAGGAGUGGGCUUUUGAAGAAAGCUUAUGAGCUCUCUGUUCUCUGUGAUGCUGAGGUUGCUCUUAUCAUCUUCUCCACCCGUGGCAAGCUUUAUGAGUUCUGUAGCAGCUCUAGCAUGCCCAAAACCCUCGAACGGUACCAAAAGUGCAAUUAUGGUGCAGUGGAAAUCAACAAACCAGCCAAAGAACUUGAGCAGAGCAGCUACAGGGAAUACUUGAAACUGAAAGGUAGAUUUGAGUCUCUACAACGAACCCAAAGAAACCUUCUUGGGGAGGAUUUGGGUCCUCUGAACUCGAAGGAGCUUGAACAGCUUGAGCGUCAACUAGAAUCAUCCCUCAAGCAAGUUAGGUCUACUAAGGCUUUGCAGACCCAGUAUAUGCUUGACCAGCUUUCUGACUUGCAAAACAAGGAACAAAUGUUAAUAGAGUCUAACAGAGCCUUAACAAUAAAGCUUGAUGAAAUCAGUUCAAGAAAUCACCUUAGACAAACAUGGGAAGGUGGUGAUCAGCAAACUUUAUCUUACGCUCCUCAGCAUGCUCAAUCUCAGGGGUUCUUCCAGGCCUUAGAUUGCAAUCCCACUUUGCAGAUAGGGUACAAUGCCACAGGUUCAGAGCAGAUGGCCUCCACAAGUCAUGCCCAGCAAGUCAGUGGGUUCAUUCCUGGAUGGAUGCUUUGAUUCCCAAAUUUGGUGCUUUUAAGCAUACUAAGUCUACAUAUUAUAUAUAUGUUUUGCUUCUUGUGCUGGCUCUAUAUAAACGUACUGUUUCAUAAACUUAUGAAACUCUAUAUAUAUAUUCACAUAAAUCAGUGGGUGACUGAAUUUUAGAGGACAGGGAAGGCAUCAAAAACCAUUCUUGCCAGAGACAAAAUGUUUGCAUGCAAGAAAUUCAGUAACUUUUUGGACUGCUAGUUUGGCUUUAAUUUCUAUAUAUGAAUGUUUGAUUAUUAAUUUGAAGAACAUUUCUGGUUCA